AUGGCAGACUACACUUCUUAUAAAAUUUGUUUUCCCAACAAAACAAGAGAAGAGGAGGAAAAUGGGAAGAUAUUCCAAAGCCUGGAAAGGCCUCAACAUUUGUUGUUCAUCAAGUAUGAAGAUUUAAAAGCAGAGCCAGGUCUUCAUUUGAAAAGGCUAGCUCAGUUUAUGGGAUACCCUUUUUCCUAUGAAGAAGAAAAUGAAGGGUUGGUUGAUGAGACCUUGAGGUUGUGCAGCUUUGAGAAAUUGAGUAGUCUUGAGGUGAACAAGAAUGGAAAAAUUCCAGGAGGUUUUUAUGAACAUGAAGCUUUCUUUAGGAAAGGUGAGGUUGGGGACAGGAAAAAUUACUUGACAUCUGAGAUGAUUGAACGAUUGGACAAGAUCAUAGAAGAGAAGUUCCAUAGCUAUGGCCUCAAGCUCUAA